AAAAAAAAGGAAAUGCCAGGAAAUGCUUAGCCCCUCUUGACAAUGACUAAACUUCCGGUUUGCAGCAAAUUUUGGUGAUGAUUAAGAUAACAGAGAAAGAAAUGUAUCUUGUAUCACAGGUUGUUUUGAAAAUGUGAGUGUAGAAAUCCUUUGAACACCAUACAGAAAUGGCAGAAGUGAUUUCCCCCCAGCCCAAGAUUGUGGUUGGAGCCUAUAAUUUCAAGGGCACUAACAAUGAUGAGUUGUGUUUCUGCAAAGGUGACCUGAUUACGGUGACCCAGAUAGUGGACGGGGGAUGGUGGGAAGGAACCCUUAACGGACAGACGGGAUGGUUCCCUGCCAACUAUGUCAAAGAGGUCAAACUAGAUCCCAAGACUGGCCUGCCCCCUGGUGUCAAAGCUGGAGAGAUUAAGUUGAACAAAAGAGAAAGUACAGCUCACUACCAAAGUGUGGUGUUACAGAACAUCAUAGACCAGGAACAGGCUCACGUGACUGAGCUACAGGAGCUGCUGGAAAAAUACUUGAAACCUUUGCAGGAGGCAGGAAUUUUAAGUGGAGCAGAAUACUCACAGCUGUGUGGAAACCUUGAGGACAUCACAGUAUUCCAGGAAAACUUCCUAGCUCAGCUGAAAGAAAUUGCAAAAAUGCCCAGUAACCAACAGAAGGUAGGGGGCAGCUUUAUGAUGAAUGCUCCCCAGUUGAUAUCUCUCUACAAGACCUACUGCUCCAACCAUCCUCAGGCUGUCUCUGUAUUACAGACACACAGGGAAAAGCUUGACCAGUUCAUGGAAAACCAGGGGGCAGUGGCCCCAGGGGUGAUCACACUGACCACCAGCCUGUCCAACCCCUUCAGAAUGCUGGAUCGUUACCCUGUGUUACUGAAGGAACUUGAGAGACACAUUGAGGACUGUCAUGUGGAUAGAGGGGACACACAAAGAGCCAUCGCCGUGUUCAGGGACAUAGCUAGUUCAUGUACAGAAAUAAGAAAGCAGAAAGAACUGGAACUGGACAUAUUUUCCAGCACAAUCAGUGGCUUAGAGGAUAGUAUUAGUCAAUAUGGAGAUGUCCUGCUACUGUCACAAGUAUUAAUGCACAUGGAAGGUGGAGAAAAGGCUGAGAGAUUAUUUAUCCUUUUUCCGGGGAAAUUGAUCAUAUUAUCAGCAAAUCCUCAGCAAGAAGGGUACACAUUUGAGUCUAAAAUAACACUAAGUGGCACCACAGCCAAAGCAAUUGAAGAUGAAGAUUCUGUACUAAAUGCCUUUGAAAUAUCAGGGAACACGACAGAUAAGAUAGUUGUGUCCUGUGCCUCGCCUCAUGAGCAGAAAGCCUGGCUUGAUGCCUUACGGCAGCAGAACAAGCCCAAAGCUCCUCCAGCGCUGAGCACUCCCCCCUCCCACUCUCACUCUCACACCAUCCCAGCAAAACUGACACCCUUGCAGCUCUCCACGUCGCAGCCCAACAUAAACGUCACGGCAACUCUUCCAGCCCAGGGCAAGAAAUUCAAGAUGACCCCCCAGCCUCUCUUUAAGGCUCACAAGACCUGGAGUCUGUCGUGUCUGCGACCUUGCCCCCCACUCAGACCCGUCUACUUCUCUCGAGACGACCCAACCAAGAGCCCUCGAUCUGGAAGAAAGUUCCGGACUCUUACUAGAAGACCAGAGCGAGCUAAGUCAGAGGAUGAUUAUCUGUCUAUCAGGAAAAUUGAUGAUGCCAAGACAAUGGAGGACGCACUUAUUCUGAAAGUCAUUGAAGCCUACUGUACAAGUGCCAAGACAAGACACACUGUUAACUCAUCUCUGUUAGACAGCCCUCACAUGCUGAUAGCUGAAGAGGAGAAGAUAAUCUUUGAGGAGCAGAAGGGCGACCAGACGGUGGUGGAGGAGAAGACAUUGGUAGACACAGUGUAUGCCAUCAAAGACCAGCUGAAAGAAUUGAGAGAGGAACAAGUGCUACUACGUAAAGAACUGGAGGAGGAGCGUAGAGCACGGAAAAGAAUAGAAGCCAUGUUGAAUAAGUCUCGACGCUCUCUGAGGAGUCUUGUGGAUGGACCUUGGGAAGAAUCAUCACCAAUUUUAUAGGAUUGAGGCAUUCAGCAUGACCUAGGGUGAAGGUCAUGACCUUAUGCAAAGGUCAGGGUCAUUCUAGCCUUUG